CAACAUUACAAGAUGUCGCAAUCUAUAGCCACGCGCAUGUCAUCAUGCUGCUGGCGGUCGCUCUUCGCCGAACUGCGGCCACAUCGCCAGUUCUCCCGGUCACUCGUCACUGUACAGCGAGGUCCCGUCGAAAAACUCGCAAUCCCCGAGUCCCUUCCACAGCAGUUUUGGCCGCAACUACCUGAACGAUUUAGACCUGGUCGGAGCAAACGUGAAAUAACCAUUCACGAUGCCCCCGUCUCCGAAGCCGCAAUCUGCAAAGACCCCGUCUCCCUCAUCGAGCAGCGGCAGCUCGCCCUUCUCGACCCUACAGGCGCACGAUCUCGCUUAUUCGACAAGACGAACAAAGACCGCGCGAUGGUUGGAGACAUCCUCCUCGUUACCUUCAAGACGGGCGAACCUGUAUCUGGAGUGAUAUUAGUUAUCAAGGGCUCAGGACCGCACAAGUCAGUCCUGCUUCGGAAUCAAUUAACCGGAGUCGGGAUUGAGAUGAGCAUCAAAGUACACAGCCCGCUGGUGCAAAGUAUGGAGGUAGCGCAACGGGCGAAGAAGAGAAAGAGACGUGCAAGACUGUAUUACCUGCGCAAGCCGGAGCACGAUCCUGGUAGUGUGCAAAAGGUGGUGGACCAGUAUUUGAGGCAGAAAGCUAUGUUGACAGGUGGGAAACCGACGCGGCAGCAGCAGCAUACCGGUCCAAGAGUGAAGAAGGGCAAAAGAUGAGGGAAGACGGAAUCUUCCUCUUGAAAACUUGAUAUUUAGCGAGAACAACGGGUCGUGAUGCAGGUUUUCCUUCGAAGACGUACGGCAGUCCAGCAUUGCCUCUGCUGUGAAAAGCAUAGUGUAGAAUACGUUAUGUGGGGGCAGUUGCUGCCAGAUGAUACACUGCAAAAGGACCUUGAACAGAUUGCAGGAAUGGUAACUCUGCAUCACAAAAGAAAGCUCACGAUUUGGGAAACCCCACAGCCUUGUAGGAAUAAAUUUUAUCUAUCCACCUGCCGGCUGUAUACCCAGGCACAUCAUGAAGGA